GCUUCGCCUGUUGUCGAGGAGCAGGCGGAGGGCGGGUCGGCGCUGAGGUAACGGCUCGGUGUUAUCGGCUCCGCUUCGAUCCGUCCCUUCGGGGCGAUGCUCGUUGAUUCGGAUUGAAACCGUCUAAAUCCGGCUCGGACGCGAUGUGUGAACCCGGAGCCGACGGGGACGUGAAUUCCAACGUGUUGAUCUCUCACAGCACCGGAGACGAGCAGCUGGAUAAAGCGGUGUGGCAGUGGCUGAGCUGGGACAAGAACCAAAAAACAAAAGAGCAGAUUGAAAACUUGCUGCAGAAUGGGAAGCAUAAGGAGCUGCGGGAUCGCCUCUGCUGCAGGCUGACCUUUGGGACUGCCGGGCUUCGCUCUGCCAUGGGAGCAGGCUUCUGCUACAUCAAUGAUCUCACCGUGAUCCAGUCAACACAGGGCAUCUACAAGUAUCUUGAGAGGUGCUUUUCAGACUUUAAGCAGAGAGGCUUUGUUGUUGGAUAUGACACACGAGGUCAGGUGACCAGCAACUGCAGCAGUAAGAAACUUGCGAAGCUCACUGCAGCAGUCCUGCUGGCUAAAGAUGUUCCUGUAUACUUCUUUUCAACAUACGUCCCUACACCCUUCGUGCCCUAUGCUGUUCAGCAGCUCAAAGCUGUCGCUGGCGUAAUGAUCACAGCAUCCCACAACAGGAAGGAGGACAAUGGGUACAAGGUUUAUUGGGAAAAUGGAGCUCAGAUCAAAUCCCCUCACGAUAAGGAAAUCAUAAAAUGCAUAGAAGAGUGUGUUGAACCAUGGAAUGGAUCCUGGAACGAGAACCUUGUCGACACCAGUCCUCUUAGGCAGGAUCCUCUGAAGAAAAUUUGUGACUCUUACAUGGAGGAUCUGAAAAAGAUCUGUUACCACAGGGAGCUAAACAUGCAGACAAACUUGAAGUUUGUUCAUACCUCAUUUCAUGGAGUUGGACAUGACUACGUUCAAUGGGCUUUCAAGGCAUUUGGUUUUCAACCUCCCAUUCCUGUACCUGAACAGAAAGAUCCAGAUCCAGACUUCUCUACUGUCAAAUGCCCAAAUCCUGAAGAAGGAGAAUCUGUGCUGGAGUUGUCACUGAGGCUUGCAGAGAAGGAAAAUGCUAAAGUAGUCGUGGCCACUGAUCCUGAUGCAGACAGACUGGCAGUGGCAGAGCAGCAGAAUGGCUGCUGGAAGGUGUUCACUGGGAACGAGCUGGCGGCGUUGUUUGGGUGGUGGAUGUUUUCUCGCUGGAAGGAAAACUGCUCCAAAGAUGCUGAUGUGAAGAAUGUUUACAUGCUUGCGACCACGGUUUCCUCGAAAAUUUUGAGGGCAAUUGCACUUAAAGAAGGAUUCAACUUUGAAGAAACACUCCCUGGCUUCAAAUGGAUUGGAAGCAGAGUCAAAGAUCUCCUGGAUAACGGAAAAGAAGUUCUCUUUGCCUUUGAAGAGUCUAUUGGCUUCAUGUGUGGCACCUCAGUGCUGGAUAAAGAUGGUGUGAGCGCGGCUGUGGUCAUAGCUGAAAUGGCAGCUUACCUGGAGACCAAGAACCUGUCGCUGGCACAGAAACUCACAGAGGUGUAUGAAAGGUAUGGAUAUCACAUAUCAAAAACUUCCUAUUUCUUGUGCUACGAUCCUCCAACCAUCAAGAGGAUAUUUGAGAGGCUUCGGAACUUCGAUGGCCCUCAGUCUUAUCCCAAGUUCUGUGGUGAUUACAACAUAUUACACGUACGAGACGUUACCACUGGCUAUGACAGCAGCCAGCCCAAUAAGAAGUCGGUGCUGCCUGUGAGUAAAAACAGUCAGAUGAUCACUUUCACAUUUCAAAAUGGUUGUGUUGCCACCCUUCGGACGAGUGGGACGGAGCCAAAGAUUAAAUACUACGCAGAGAUGUGUGCACUGCCCGAGCAGAGUGACAGAGCUGUGCUGGAAGAAGAGCGUCAGAAGCUCGUGGAUGCUCUGAUUGAGAACUUUCUCGAGCCUGAUAAGAACGGACUCAUCUGGCGCUCAGCUUAGCUGUCCUGCAGCUGGUGUUGGAAGGAGCCGCUGCGCUGCACCGCAUCCAACCAAGGAACCAAGAAACAGAACUCUGUUUACUGUGUGCCUGUGUGUGUGUGUUUAAACAAGCAGCUACGUUUUUAUUCUGUAAAGAAGCAGCGUUCUUUUGUCGGUUGAGAUAAGCAGAGAAAGGUGGAAUGUACUGCCUGGAAUUUCCCCUGUAAUUUCCUCUUCUUUUGACCAAAGGCUCGCUGACCUUCACAGCGCCAACAAACUGCCACAGCAGGGUUAAAACAGUUGGUCUGUAGCCACUGACUCUUGUCUUAAACUGCUUUCAGGUACCCAGGACACCUUGGUUGGAAGCCAUCACCCUGAGCUGACAAAGAAGUGCUGCUUCUUCGUAGCUGUUGUGAUUGUGUGUGUGUGUGUGUGUGUUGGUGGUGGUGUUCCAGCUCUUACUUCCCAAAUCCAUUCAAGUAGAGUUCAGUGCUUUGCAUACCUGGUUGAGGCAAGUUGUUCCUAUUGGACAUUCUCCACUUAUUUCGUAUCCUUCUGUUGUUGGAGGUGCUCUCCGUGUGUUGUUUCUUUCCUGCGUAUAUCUCCAAACACUCGCUGGGGUGUGAAACAAUAGUGGCAACACAUGCAGUCUGGGUUUUUGGGUUACUCAGUGCCUUCCUGGGGCUUCCAAAAGGGCACAGACCCAUUCACCUUUGGUUAAACUGCCUGCUCUGAUUGCUGUGGGCUUUAUAACCCCUUCUUGUCCCACACCUCUGAAGGGACUGAAGUUAUUUUUUUCUACUAAAGGUUUCAGAAAUGUAAUAUCUUUAUAUGAAAACACCAGCUGGGGACUUGUUUGGUUGCGAUGGCUUGAAGUCAUGCUGUCUAGUGAAGGAAACAAAACAAAACAGGGGGAAAGAAAGGAAAGGUGAGAUACAGACACUCUCUAUUAUUACUAUCUUUUACUAACUCAUAUUAUUUGUCACACCUGAUAAAGUCCUUUCUGUUAGAACAGCAGUUUGUUGCUCUUUUAAGGUGGAUUUUUAGCACCCUCUCGAUAUCAGUUUCCUAUCUUGGCUCGAGCAGAAAGCAAUCCUGCUCAUCGCUUCUUUCCUGGCAGGUGCUGAUCCAGAAACAUGUAGAUUUCCCCCCAGUUCUGAAGUACAACGACACGUUCAGGAAGAAUUGGGUGUUGAUGGUGGAGGAUAUUGGCCAACGUAAGCCUUCAAAACUAAGUCAGCCAUCAUGUGGACAUCCAUCCACUCCGUUCACAGCAACCAAACAAGAGGAACAGACAAACCCAAGCACUCAGGUUCCGUACUGAAGGUUAUAUGGGGGGAUCCCAAAAGGCAUCGAGGUUAAAGGUGUUGUUUUGCCACUGUUGUUGCCCUCCACCCCAUUGUGCCCUCGUGUGCAUCGCAUCCAAAUGGCACCGGGUGUCUGUGCAGUGUGGAGUGUUGGUGCCCACAGCAGCUUUGCACUAUGACCGUGGGUGAAGGUGUGAAUGUAUGUGUGCCGCGGAAGGUCCGCGUCGCACAAAUUCUUGGUAACCAACCCCUAUUUAUUUAUUUGUUAUUUUAAGGGAAAGCGUUUCCAAAUGGUUCCGCAACCGACUGAAGUGGAUCUCAUGCCAAAAAGUUCCCUUUUUUUUUUGUUUUCUUUUCCCCUUCUCGAUUGUACAACGUGGCCGAUGCGAUGAGAACGGCUGAGACGUUUACCCUGGGAGUGCACUCAUUGCUCUGUGCAGCUCUGGGGAGGUGUGAUGGCAUAUCCUGACUGCAGGGCUCAGCUCUGGCUCCUGCCCUGACCUGAGUGAGCUCUGCCCUUGGGCAGCACGCCCUGAUUUUGACUUGAGCACCUCCUGGUAGUUCAGAUGGGAGCAGCUGACUCGUGGUUGUAUUUCCCAUUGUUUGGGUGCUGCUCAUGGUGUGAAUGCCUGUAGUGCAGUGCCUGGGAUUCUCCUCGUCUGUAGAUGAGCUGUAGAUGUAGAAGUGCUUCUGGAACGACAGGCACAACGUACUGAAUGUAUUUUAAGGUUAUCAUUACUGUUGCUGUUUGUAAACUGCUGCUACCGUUGUUUUCCUGUACCCUGUUGAACCGUUGGAUGUAUUUAUACCGUUCCACUUGAGGAACUCUUUCCUCCCUGCCCCCUCAUUGCUCCGACUGUGAAGGACUGUAACUCUCCCAUUGCAUUGCCCUGUGACUGUGUCAGAGUUUGUUUGGACUUGUGCACAAUCUCCUUUCAGCUUUCGGCUGUUCUUUGCUGCCUCCCAGGCAAGAACAAAAGCUUUCCAGACUCGAGCAAGAAGCUGAUCGAACAAAUGCAUCCUGUUCAUUGUUUACGAGGCUUCCAGUUCCAGUGCACCUUUUGUAAAGCUGCAGCCAUCAGCUUGACCUGCGACCCAGCUGCCUGUGGUUUGUGUUUGUAGCAUUUAGAAGGGUUGAUUUUUGUCUUUUCCCUUUUUGUUGCGACAGACUCAAUCUCUGUCUCACUCGGAUACGUGGCAGAACUCUUUAUUUCCAGGGUCUCGGAGGGGAUCUGUGUUAGAAUAAGAGACUUGCCAGGCAGAGUUUGGUGUCUGUGUGAUAGAGCUUGCAGCCAGCUGUUCUAGUUGUGAUGCAGUGUCCAGUCUGUGAUAUACAUAGCUUCAGGUGGUAUUCAUGUCUCCCUACAACUCAAGAAGACACUUCUUACCGUGGCGUGAAUGAAGCAAAGGAAGGAGCUUGUCUGACAUGGCAGGGCUGGCCUGGAAGCCCAAGUGCAGCUCUCACUGCAUCUGCAAAGCCCUGCUGUGUUUGUGGGCCUGUCUUCUUCCCCUGCUGCAGUCCUGCCUGUGUAGGUCUCCUGAUGCCCUCAGUGCCUCGAAAGGGAAAUCCUUGCUUGCAUCAUUCACACAGGAAACAAUUAAAGCUCAGUAUUUUUCAGUUUCAGACACUGAGGUGACGUGCAGCGCUCUGUAAGCACUCCAGAAUUCACACUCCCUGCUCCAGCAUUGCUCGGGUAGCACCUCGUGCCCCUCUUGGGUUACUGAGGGUUUCAGUUUGCUUUAGGAAAGGGACUGUUUGCAUGCUGAGGCCUGGAUUCAAGUCUGGAUGGCUGAUUUCUGCUUAUUGCCCACUAAGAAUGGCUUUGUAUGCAGGGAGGGAAGCAGCCAGAGCUGCACCACUCUUACCUGGAGUCCCAGGGAGUUCUGCAUCUGUAAUCUCAUUAUCCAGUGUCUGUUCUGUACAAUUAGGGCAUAUGACCGAGUGAGAAUUUGCACUUUUCUGAAGUAUUUCUGUGUGUGUUGCUACGUGGAUUUAGCUGAAUGAAGUGUCAGAAAUAAUAAACUAUUCUCUUGGUAGUCGCAA